AAUUAGCCAAUCAGCAGCAAGCUCUGCCAGCCAGGAGGACACAUAAAAGAAGAACAUUGCAGCAGAGGCACACAAGGAGCCUGCGAGGAACUGGGAAAUACACCAACAGCAGAGCCACAACACCCUCCCUUGGACACACCCUACUGGGGAUCACUGCUUCUCUUUUUUUCCGAGACCAUCGCCCACGCCACACGGAGAGAAAUCUCUCUCUCAUCAUCAUCCUGAAAGAAAACCCCCUUCUCCUCAUUUUCACACUGCUGAGGAAACCUACAAACGCACGGGCUGAGAUUUCCUGACAAAGAUUGUCCUUUUUCCUUUUUCUUUUUUUUUCUUUUCGUUUGGAAACUGACGUUUCUCCAUCCACACCACCGUGUAAUAACUGCAAGCCGACCUGAAGACCUGCGAAUAGAAGGACCUAGAUCACUAUCAUCUUUGUGCAUCAAGAAUGGUUACUAUAAUUAGCACCAUGGAAACUCAGGUGUCCAAUGGUCCGAGCGGAACCAGCCUGCCCAACGGCCCCGUCAUUAGCACUAACGGUGCUACAGACGACAGCAAAACCAACCUGAUCGUCAACUACCUGCCUCAGAACAUGACCCAGGAAGAGUUCAAGAGCCUGUUUGGCAGCAUUGGAGAGAUUGAGUCCUGCAAAUUAGUCAGAGACAAGAUCACAGGUCAGAGUUUGGGCUACGGCUUUGUAAACUACGUGGAUCCCAAUGAUGCCGACAAGGCCAUCAACACACUCAACGGUCUUAAACUGCAGACCAAAACAAUCAAGGUGUCUUAUGCCAGACCCAGUUCAGCUUCCAUUCGCGAUGCCAACCUGUACGUGAGUGGGCUGCCCAAAACUAUGAGUCAGAAAGACAUGGAGCAGUUGUUUUCUCAGUAUGGACGGAUCAUCACUUCACGCAUCCUGGUUGACCAGGUCACAGCAGGUAUAUCGCGUGGAGUCGGUUUCAUCCGGUUCGACAAGAGAAACGAGGCUGAGGAAGCUAUCAAAGGCCUCAACGGUCAAAAACCUCUCGGAGCUGCCGAGCCCAUCACCGUCAAGUUCGCCAACAACCCCAGUCAGAAGACGGGACAAGCCCUGCUCACCCAGCUCUAUCAGACAGCCGCUCGCCGCUACACCGGCCCUCUGCACCACCAGACACAGCGCUUCAGACUCGACAAUUUACUAAACGCCAGCUACGGAGUCAAGAGCUCUCCUCCUUUCUUACCCAGAUUCUCCCCAAUAACCAUUGACAGCAUGACCAGUCUAGCCGGAGUCAACCUGACCGGUCCCACUGGAGCCGGCUGGUGCAUCUUCGUCUACAACUUGUCCCCAGAAGCUGACGAAAGCGUCCUGUGGCAGCUCUUCGGGCCAUUUGGCGCCGUCACAAACGUCAAAGUCAUCCGUGACUUCACCACCAACAAAUGUAAGGGCUUUGGCUUCGUCACCAUGACCAACUACGAUGAGGCAGCCAUGGCUAUCGCCAGCCUGAACGGCUAUCGCCUUGGUGACCGUGUUCUGCAGGUCUCCUUCAAGACCAGCAAACAGCACAAGGCUUGAAGGAAGGCCUAGUCACUAUUGCUCUUUAACACACAGGGGUAGCCACUGAGCUCCCUGUACAUUCACUCUACAUGGGCCUGGACUGAGUCUCUCUCUAACACACACAUACAUACACACACACACACACACAUUUAGUUUUCGGACAAAAACACACAAGUAGAGUUUAUUUUCUUUUCUCUUUACACAACAUGCUAGUCCUUCCCAAUGUUUGCCUGUAUUGAAUUAGCAGAAGUGUGAGGCGGGCUGGGGAUGACAUGGAGGACAGUCUAAUGAAUGUGACCGAGAAUGUCUGCUGAGAGCUUUGAUUUAAUUCAGGCAAAGAAAGAGAACUGGUCAAUGAAAUACUGAAAAAAGAAGAAUCAAAUAUGUGCAAUUUACCUAAAAUCUUGCCCCAGUAACUCUCCUGUCUGGCUUCAGAGGAUGUAGUCACUUUUUUACACUUGGGCAUUUUGAAUCAUUGAUUUUUUAGAGAAAAAAAUUAUUAAA